AUGAUUGAUAUCUUGGAGGAUGACACUAACGAAGAAGAUGACACUAACAAAGGCAAACAAGUUUCCAAAAGUCAAACCCAUCAGGAACGUGAUUGCAGAGCUCCAAAGUUAGUUGCUGCUGAAGUUGAAGAACGCUAUGGAGUUGAACGAGAAGCAUUGUGCCAACUUGGGUGCAACUUGCCAAAGAAGGCUACAUCUCGUAGUAGCAAAGCGGGACUCCAAUUCCCUGUGGGUCGUAUCCUUAGAUUCCUCAAAGCCGGAAAGUACGCCGAGCGUGUUGGAGCUGGAGCUCCGGUUUAUCUCGCCGCCGAGGUGCUUGAGCUAGCUGGGAACGCGGCGAGAGAUAACAAGAAGACGAGGAUUGUGCCUAGACACAUUCAGCUUGCUGUGAGGAACGAUGAGGAGUUGAGUAAGUUACUUGGAGAUGUGACGAUUGCUAAUGGAGGAGUGAUGCCUAAUAUUCAUAAUCUUCUUCUCCCCAAUAAGAAGGCUGGCUCCUCUAAGCCUACCGAUGAAGAUUAG